ACACAUGCAUCGACACAGAUACACCGGUUUGCUGUCGUCACGCACAGAGCUCUUCCCAUGCUCGUGAAUGUGAUUUAAUGCAGAGGACAUAAACGUCCUUUAAUGCCUUAUUUUCACACAAAAGAGCGCUCAGUAGGCAGUUUGUCUUAGAAACAAAAAGAUGGCUUCCACUGUAACUGAAAGCUCCUUCAUUGGAGACUCAGACCUGCUGUAUGAUAACACACAUCUUAAUGAGUACCACACCGUCCUCCUGGUCAUCUACACUGUGAUUCUGCUCAGCGGCAUCAUCAGCCUCAGCCUGAUGAUACACAUCAUGAAGUUCAGCGUGUCUUCCAUCACCUCCAUCGCCGUACUCAACCUCAUCUUCACCCACUUCGUCUUCCUGCUCACCGUGCCCUUCAGGAUCUACUACUACGCGACUCAUGAGUGGAGCCUGGGCCUCAAGUGGUGUAAAGUGGUCAGCGGCAUGAUCCACAUCCACAUGUACAUGUCUUUUAUCUUCUAUGUGAUCAUCCUCAUCUCACGCCUGAUGUCGUUCUACAACAAAGCUGACUUGGUGACCUCCUGCCAGACUUUCCACGCGCUCAUCGCCAGUGCAGUGGUGUGGAUGGUGGUGCUUGUCGUGGUCCCUUGCAUAAUCUAUUAUUCCUACGGCAAAAACGCAAAGGAGGAGAGCUCGGGCAGCAAUAACUCAACUCUGACACACUGCUUCCAGUUUGGCAACCACAUAGAGUCUACUGUCAAGGUGUUCAACUACAUAGUAAGCAUCAUCAUCAUAGUGGCGGCCGCCCUGCUCACAGGUCUCCAAGCCAACGUGCUGAGGGUUUUAUACAGGAAGCACCACCAGGGAUGCACCUCUCAGCAGGACUUUUGGGCUCAGCUGAACAGUCUGUGCUUUGCUCUCAUCAUGGUUGUCUGCUUCAUUCCCUACCACAUGUUCCGGCUGGGAUACUUGAACAAUCUCGACCUGCAGAAUAUCAACGAGCUGUUUCUGAGUCUGACCACUUUUAAUUGUUUGGACAUGCUCACCUUCUUGGGGAGGAGAACCUGCAACAUGUGCUUCCCGAGAAAUAUUUGACAACUGUUGUGUUCAAUAUACUUUAUUUGGUCACUUUAAGUGUUCUUUACAGCCUUAUCAAAGUGUUAAAUAAGAACAUUGUUAAUGUGCAUCUUGAUGAAACUAUGCAAACACACAUACAGAACUGAUUAUAUAGGAUUAAAAUAAAAAAUAAAAAUAAGACUGAUGAAACAUAAUGUUUACUCAAUGGCUGUUUUAUGUUUCAAUCCUACGACUGUGGCGAGAGGUAGGACAUGCAAUAAAAGGUUGCCUCUUAAACUGUGUUUCUCUUCAUGAAAAUGUUGAAAGAAUGUGACAUGACGGGAAACUGUUGUUUGCUUAUGACUCAAAACGAAUGAACUCUUGCCACCUGCUGGUCUUUGUUUGUGCAACACAGGCUGCCAGCUUGAAAUGUGUAAUGUUACGUUAUACUAUUGGUCUUUGGUAUGUUUUAAUCCAAAAUGACUUCACGUGAAAAACAUGUGAGUGGAAAUUAAAUAUAUAUAUAUAUAUAUAUACACACUUCAACAUAUUUGCUCACACUUAACCUCUGCCUAUGUACAUAGCUGAAUAAAUGUCUGAAAUUGUUA